AUGAAUCAGACGUCAACGAAAACAAAUCCGAUAUCGACAUCAUCAUCAUCAGCCUAUGAUGAUAUUUCCAAUAAUCAAGACGAAGAUAUAACAGUAAUUCCACCUCCAAAAAUGAAAAUGCAAGUAGCAACAACUAUUACAUUCCGUUAUUGUCAUACUUGCGGUUAUCAAAAUCUGUUCAAACAGUUUUCUGAACUUGUUCGUACACAUUAUCCAAAUAUGGCAGUUAUUGGAGAAAACUAUCCACCACCAUCUCUAAGAGCAUUUCUUGCUCGAAUUUUAUCAAUGCUUAAAAUGGGUUUACUUGUUUGUCUUCUCUUUGGUCAAAAUCCAUUCGCUCUUCUUAGUAUUCCAACACCAAGAAUAUUUCAUUGGGCAUUAAACAAUAAGAUGUAUGCAUGUUUAAUGAUAUUUUUUCUUUCAAACUCCCUAGAAUCAUAUUUGGUAUCAACUGGUGCAUUUGAAAUAAUUGUUGACGAUGUUCCACUAUGGUCAAAACUCGAAACAGGUCGUUUACCAUCAUCGAAUGAAUUUAUUCAAAUGUUACAACCGUUCAAUCCAAAUAGAGACGGUAGUGAUCAAAUACGUUUUAAUAGUUGA